CAUAUGAAAAUGUUUUUGAUGAUUUUGAACAUUUUACAUGUCCAGUCUAUAUUAUGCUUUUCUGAUGGUUGUUUUCUUACUUGUCCUAAUUUCUGUCCAAGGUCAAUUGGGAUAUGCCACAUGCAUGCUCUUUCAGAAUUUUGAGGGCUUUAAAUAUUGGGCAACUAGCAUCGCCAAAGCCAUUGAAGUUCCCCUUGAAGUAUCCCAACAGGACAUCUUUUAGUAAAAUUCAAAUGGAGAAUGGCCAUCAUAUUAUUUCCAGGGGUGCCUUGAUUGUUCUAGAAGGUCUGGACCGUAGUGGGAAGACUUUGCAAUCUACUAGACUACUCUCUUACUUAGAGGGAGAAGGAAUUUCAGCUGAGCUUUGGCGGUUUCCUGACAGAAGCACAUGUGUUGGGCAAAUGAUAUCUUCCUACCUCUCCAACAAAUCACAAUUGGAUGAUCAAACAAUUCAUCUUCUUUUCAGUGCAAACCGUUGGGAAAAGAGGUCUUUGAUGGAGACUAAACUACGGAGUGGAACCACACUUAUUGUUGACCGUUACUCUUACUCUGGGGUAGCUUUCUCGUCUGCCAAAGGACUCAAUAUAGAAUGGUGUAAGGCUCCUGAGACGGGGUUGUUGGCUCCAGACCUAGUGUUGUACCUUGACAUACCACCAGAGAAAGCAGCGGAGAGAGGAGGUUAUGGAGGUGAGAGAUAUGAGCAGUUGGAGUUCCAGAGGAAAGUCGCCCAACAUUAUCAGAUCCUUCAUGAUGCCACAUGGAAGAUUGUUGAUGCUUGCCUCCCCAUAGAGGAUAUAGAGAAACAGCUAAGAGAACUUGCAAUGGAUUGUGUUACCACCUGUCAUAAGGGGAAACUUCUCUCUCAACUCUGGCUAAUAUAAUAUUUUUUUGGCUCGAUGCUGCUGUGAGAAUAGUUGAAUGUGAAUGUGGUUAUGAUUUUCAUGCGGUUGUCUCCAUAUUACAAGCCGACUGCCUCAGUAUCUUAUACUAUAGCUGUGAUGUCCAAUGGAGUUAUGGAUUAUAUAUCAUAAACCCGCUCCUGUAUUUGCAUUCCAAAUGUUAUUUUGGCAUUGCUUGCGGAUGAUCAUGUAUGAACACACAAAAUACCUACCACCUACUAUUAUGAUUGUGUAAUGGAGCUUUUGAAUUAAUAAUA